AGUGCCUAGAAAGGCGAAGCUGUGAGAUCUGGGUGGCCCUUGAGAGGGUUCCCCUAUUUGCUUCUGCAGUCUCCUAAAAAACUGGGGUUCCACGGUGGGCUACAGUCCCAGUCCCUGAGACCCCCCCCCUCUUUUCACUCCAAAUUAGCUCUAAAAGUCUACUGUUCCCCGGCCCACAAGGCGGAGGUGCAGGGGUAGCUUGCCUGGGAGAUGCCAGAAACCUCCAGUAUGAAGGAUGCAUUUAGAAAAUUGUGGACUCUAGCUUCCAAGCUGCGGGAGGAUGACCCAGUUUCCCCGUGAUACAGGGGUAACACCAGGGGUUGUGGGAAGGACAAAGGGGGUGUUGAGCCACCUAUGGGGUUGCUGCGGGCCAGCCAGGUGCCCAGGAGCGAAGGCAGAGAGACUGCAGGGCGGCAGUGUCCGGGAGGAGGAAAGGGAAUCCCAUGUUAAUAAAUCUGUUGGCAAAUGAGGCUCAUUAAUAGAUAAAUAUUUCACUGCUUCCUUUAGGGCGGAUAAACAGUGCUCCGCCGAGCCGAUUAAAGAAAGGAAGCUGGGAGACAUUGACUUUAUUCGAACCACAUGGUUCCAGUUUGUGGCUGCACUUCGCUCUGCUCAGCUCGAGCCGACGCCGCGCCUGCGGGGUUUGCACCAGAGCAUCAAAUCUGGCCUCAAACGUUCUCCCGCUUAGAGAGAGAGGUGGGCAAAGAGCAGCUCUUUCUCUCGAGACCAUCUAUGGGCCGACAGGUUGCAGAGACCCCGCAGGGGCUUGAGUCUGCAGAGAGGACACGAACAGGGGGCUCUACACACUGGAUCUGGGGUUCAGGAAUAGGUAUGAGGUUUGGGGGGGGGGGAGGGGGAGCGAACCCUGCGGGACUUCCGCAGGCUCGGGCACCAGGAUGGGGGCUCUGACUGCGUCGGGCGCCCGGGGGCCGGCGGGGUGCAGGCCGCUGCGUGGGCCGCGUAUUUGAGCCUCUUCCCGUUCCAUUCUAGGCGGCCGCCGGCCCGUGGCGCGAGACCACCUGUGAGGGCUGCUGAGAUUGGCGGAGGCGGUCAUGUGGGCGGUCACGUGCCGCGGCGAGCUCCGUCCAAAAGAAAAUGGGGUUUGGUGUAAAUCUGGGGGUGUAAUGUUAUCAUAUAUCACGCUACCUCGUAAAACCGACACUGAAAGCUGCCGGACAACAAAUCACAGGUCAAAAUUAUGAGUUCUUCGUAUUAUGUGAACGCGCUUUUUAGCAAAUAUACGGCGGGGGCUUCUCUCUUCCAAAAUGCCGAGCCGACUUCUUGCUCCUUUGCACCCAACUCGCAGAGAAGCGGCUACGGGCCGGGCGCCGGCGCCUUCGCCUCCACCGUGCCGGGCUUAUACAAUGUCAACAGCCCCCUCUAUCAGAGCCCCUUCGCGUCGGGCUAUGGCCUGGGCGCCGACGCCUACAACCUGCCCUGCGCUUCCUACGACCAAAACAUCCCCGGGCUCUGCAGUGACCUCGCCAAAGGCGCCUGCGACAAGGCGGACGAGGGCGUGCUGCACGGCCCGGCCGAGGCCAGUUUCCGCAUCUACCCCUGGAUGCGCAGUUCAGGACCCGAUAGGAAGCGGGGACGCCAGACCUACACGCGCUACCAGACCCUGGAGCUGGAGAAGGAAUUCCACUUCAACCGCUACCUGACGCGGCGCCGCCGCAUCGAGAUCGCCCACGCGCUCUGCCUCACCGAGCGCCAGAUCAAGAUCUGGUUCCAGAACCGGCGCAUGAAGUGGAAGAAAGAACAUAAAGAUGAGAGCCAGGCUCCUCCUGCGGCCCCCGAAGACGCCGUGCCCUCUGUCUCCGCGGCAGCUGCUGACAAGGCCGAGGAGGAGGACGAGGAGGAAGAGGAGGAGGAAGAGGAGGAAGAGGAAUAAAGGGCCAGGCACAGGGCCCUGGCUGCACAGGACAGUCGGAAAAGCGUCUUUAAGAGACUCUGAUUUUAGUUACAAAAAUGGAGGGAAUAAAGUGUUUUAAAAAAGUGAGAGAGAGAGAGAGAAAGAAAAAGAAGGAAUCAGUCCCCACCCUCAUCCCACCCACUCCAUCACCCGCUUUAGCUCCCAGGGAGAUUAGGUCACCUUGGGGACCCUCUCUGCCUCUGAGGACCCCCGUAGAUACCCACACCCCUGGGCCAGUGUUGUGCUCUGGCACAGUUAAAAUACUACCUAGCACAGGCCUCCUUGAGAGGCACCCCCAAACUACCUAUGGGCCCAGCCCCGGUGGGCCACCACUCCUAAGAAGUCCUCUCCGUGUCCUAACAGUGGCAGACACCCAGCACCUGCCCCUCCCCGCCCCCUCCCUGCAAAAACACGAUCAGUACUACCUACUAGGCCUGAACUACCUAUUUUGUGCUGGCUAGCUUUCCUGCGUGUGUACUACCCACUCCGCCCAGGCCAGGCCUUGACGCUUCAAGCUGCCAGUCUUUGGAGUCUCCCAGGCUUCCCAGACGAGGCAAUGAGGUUCAGGGACCAGGGCAUUGGCUUCUAUUUAAAUUGAAAAAAAAAUAAUAUAUUUAUUCCAAAAACAUACCAAAUGCUGCAGCCUAGAAUCCCUCUUUCUCUGGCUUUGGCACCUCAAGUUCAGGGCCAUUGCCCCUACUUCUGGAGGGGAGCAUUCCCGAGCUGGCUGCAGACCUCUGGAAUAGCUUCAGCUUUGUGGGACUCAGGAGAAGUCCCCAGCCUCACUCUGCCCACCCCCCCUUGUUUCUGAGUCCUACUGUUCAGCCAUGUCGAAUAUGUAUACUCUGACUUUUCCUACCAAGGGCAAAUACUGUAUAUUUGAACCAGAUUUUUUUUUUUGUCAUUUCUAUAAUCUUGGAGCUCAUUUGUAAAGGAAUGUCUUGACUUGGGAAGGCUGUUUUAAAUGGGGUGACUUUGUAGCAUGAUGUGUUGUGUUGAACUAAUUCUGUUGUGGGUGGGAGAGGUCCAAUACCCACCCGGGUGCCCAUUAUCUCCCGUGUUGUCCCAUGUCCCCCGAGGACCCAGCCUGGGUUCGGGGAAGGCAUGCUUACCAGCCCAGUUACCUAUGUUUUAUGUAUCAAUAAAGAUGCUUGGUGAAAAAGAAA